GAAGCGAUACAGACUAAAGACCAGCUGUUUAAAUCUAGCUGCUUCUCUCACAUUCUCACAGUAAAAUCAACUUAAAUUGUUCCGAAAAUGAGUUCCCCGCGUUGGCUGCCAUUGGAGUCCAACCCUGAAUUCGUCAAUUCUUUGGGCAUGAAGCUCAGCUGGCAGUUUGGAGAUGUGUAUGGGUUGGAUCCAGAACUUCUCGGCAUGGUGCCGAGACCUGUGUGUGCUGUGCUGCUUCUCUUUCCUGUCACAGAGAAAUAUGAAGCCUAUAAACAAGAGGAAGAAGACAGGCUGAGAAAGCAGCCACAGGAAGUCUCUCAGGACGUCUUCUUCAUGAGGCAAACCAUCGGCAAUGCAUGCGGAACAAUUGGAUUGAUCCACGCUGUGGCCAACAACCUGCCACACCUGGAAUUUGAGUCCGACUCUCCUCUCAGGAAGUUCGUAGAAGUCACCUGUAAAAUGACUCCGCAGGAACGAGGUGCCUUCUUGGAGAGAGAUGAGAGUAUUCGUGUCACACAUGAAUCCAGUGCACAGGAGGGACAGACUGAGGCGCCGAGCUUAGAUGAAAAAGUCAACCUUCACUUUAUAGCUUUCGUGAACGUCGGCGGGCAAUUGUAUGAGCUAGAUGGCAGGAAACCUUUCCCUAUUUGUCACGGAAAAACAUCGGGGGAUACUCUCCUCGAGGAUGCCGUGGAGGUUUGUAAGAUCUUCAUGGCUCGCGAUCCACAGGAGGUCCGUUUCACAAUCAUCGCCCUCUCCAAAGAUUAGUACUGAGGUGUGCCGUGAGCGGAGAAAACACUUCACUGCCAAACAUUCUCAAGUGCUGACUUUA